ACGCGACGGGGGCGCGGGGCGGGCGCGGUCAUGGAGCGGCGGCGGCGACGGCGGCAGCAGUAGCGACCGCGAGCGAACGAGCCGGCGGGCAGGGCCGCCCGGCGCCGCGGAACGAACUGCACAGCUCAGCAAAAGCGCCCUCGCCCUCCGCGCGCCGCCUCCUGCGAACCCAUAGCCGGCAACAUUUUUUAAGGCUCCAAUCCAUCCUUUGAAGAAAAGAAAAAAAAAAAUAGCAUUGAUUGGAGAGACGGGGAUAUAUAUAAUUGGGGGGGGGGGCCCUCCUGCUAAAAUUAGCCGGGCUUGCGGCGCGCGGUGUGCGAGUGUGUGCGUGCGUGUGUGUGUGUGUGUGUGUGUGUGUGUGUGAAUGUGAUUACUCCAGGACUCCUCGGGCUCCGGAGACGCCAUUUUCCCCCUUGAUAUCUCUCUCCGUAAAUCGGUGGCGCGGCGGAGGCGGCCGCGCCGGGCGGGAAGCGCUGGGCCGUUCGGGGCGCCCGCCGCUCGCCUCCGCCUCCGCGCGCCCGGGGGCCCCGGCGCCCCCCGAGCGAGGGCGGCCAGCCCGCUGCUCGCCGUGUGACAGAUGCUCAUCGCCAUGGAGUUGCCGCAGCAGCACCUUCGGGGGCUCGGGCGAGCUACGGGAGCCGGGAUCUGAGCGAGCGCUGGGGCCAGCGGAGCCGGAGCCGCCGGGACGUGGUUGCAGAUCUGAUCUCUUCUGAACAACCUCACCGUGUCUCCAUCCCUGGAACUCUGAACCCAGCAGCUGGACCACUUUGUCCUUGGAAUUUUGGGUUCCCUUUCUUCUCCCUUUUCCUUUUAUCCCUUACCCCUCCUGAGAACUCCUGGAGACUGUAGGAUUGUCAUGGAGUCCAGGGAAAUCUUAAGCAGCUCCCGGCAAAGGGGAAGUGAGUCGGAAUUCUUGCCGGUCUCCUCAGCCAAGGCGCCGCCUGCUCCCGGCUGUGCAGGGGAACCUUUGCUCUCUGCUUCCGAGACUGGGAAGGGGAUACCAGUAGGUGGAGAACGUAUGGAGCCAGAGGAGGAGGAUGAACUGGGCUCAGGACGGGAUGUGGACUCCAACUCCAAUGCAGACAGUGAGAAAUGGGUGGCAGGAGAUGGCCUGGAAGAACAGGAGUUUUCUAUCAAGGAGGCCAACUUCACAGAGGGAAGUCUGAAGCUGAAGAUUCAGACCACAAAGCGGGCUAAGAAACCCCCAAAGAAUCUGGAGAACUAUAUAUGUCCACCUGAGAUCAAGAUCACCAUUAAGCAGUCUGGGGACCAGAAGGUGUCCCGUGCUGGGAAAAAUAGCAAAGCCACAAAGGAGGAGGAAAGAAGCCACUCCAAAAAGAAGCUCCUCACAGCCAGUGACCUUGCAGCCAGCGACCUUAAAGGAUUUCAGCCACAGGCUUAUGAGCGGCCACAGAAACACUCAGCAAUCCAUUAUGACCCAGGCCUCCCACAGGACUUCACCGGUGACACCUUAAAACCAAAGCACCAGCAAAAAAGCAGCAGCCAGAACCACAUGGACUGGUCCACCAACUCUGACAAUGGACCUGCCACUCAGAAUUGCUUCAUCAGUCCAGAGUCUGGCAGAGAAACUGCAAGCACCAGCAAGAUCCCAGCUCUUGAGCCCAUGGCUUCCUUUGCAAAGGCCCAGGGUAAGAAAGGCAGUGCAGGGAGCACAUGGAGUCAGCUGUCCAACAGUAGCAAAGAUCUGCUCUUGGGAGGCAUGGUUCCAUCUCCAGGCAACCACAGCUCACCAGCCCCACCCAGCAGCUCUGCUGAGUGUAGUGGGCUUCAACCCUUGGUAGAUCAAGAUGGAGUAGGUGCCAAGGAGCCCUCAGAACCCCCUACUCUAGGCAGCAAGAAAAAGUCCAGUAAAAAAGAUGUGCUAAGUCAAACUAUACCAAACUCAGACCUAGACUGGGUCAAGAAUGCUCAGAAAGCAUUUGACAAUGUGGAAGGGAAAAGGGAAGGCUAUUCGACAGAUAAUGCCCAAGAAGCAUCACCAGCCAGGCAGAAUGUGAGUUCCGUCAGUAAUCCUGACAGUGACUCAAGCCAUGUCCGGAUUACUAUCCCUAUCAAGGCACCCUGUCUAGAUCCAAGCAGCCAUAAGAGGAAAAAGAGGCAGUCCAUCAAAGCUGUGGUGGAAAAGAUCAUGCCUGAGAAAACCCUGGGUUCUGGCAUCACUAUGAGCAGCGAAGUAGUUAGUAGGAUACUUUCCAACCCUGACGGUAAUAAAAAAGAUCCCCGUGUUCCUAAGUUGGGUAAAAUGAUAGAGAACGAGUCCCCCUCAACUGGCCUUGAAACCAGUGGAAACGCCGAGAAAGUCAUCCCGGGAGGUGUACCUAAGCCGCGGAAGCCACCCAUGGUCAUGACGCCUCCAACAUGCACAGAUCACCCUCCGAGAAAGCUGCCGGAAAUCCAGCACCCCAAAUUUGCUGCAAAACGGAGGUGGACGUGCAGCAAGCCCAGACCCACCAACCUGCUCCGGGAGGCGGUCAUGGCCCCCUCUGAUAAACUGAUGGUGGAGCCACCAUCUGCAUAUCCCAUCACCCCCUCCAGCCCACUGUACACCAACACAGAUAGUCUCACUGUCAUCACGCCGGUCAAGAAGAAGCGGGGACGACCAAAGAAGCAGCCUUUGCUCACUGUUGAGACGAUUCACGAGGGAACUUCUACCAGUCCAGUCAGUCCCAUCAGCCGGGAGUUCCCCGGCACCAAGAAAAGAAAGAGACGACGUAGUUUAGCUAAGUUGGCCCAACUCGUGCCAGGAGAGGACAAACCCAUGAGUGAGAUGAAAUUUCACAAAAAAGUUGGGAAGCUUGGGGUGUUGGAUAAGAAGACCAUCAAAACUAUCAAUAAGAUGAAAACACUCAAGAGGAAAAAUAUCUUGAACCAGAUCUUGUCCUGCUCCAGUAGCAUGGCCUUGAAGGCCAAAGCUCCCCCGGAGACCAGCCCCAGGGCAGCGGGGAUUGAGAGCAAACUGGGCAAGCAGAUUAACGUCAGCAAGAGGGGCACCAUCUACAUCGGCAAGAAGAGGGGCAGGAAGCCAAGGGCAGAGCUGCCACCCCCAUCCGAAGAACCCAAAACAGCCAUCAAGCACUCGAGGCCUGUUUCUAGCCAGCCGGAUGUUCCCGCCGUGCCUUCCAACUUUCAGUCACUUGUGGCGUCUUCACCAGCAGCUAUGCACCCACUUUCAACACAGUUAGGUGGGUCCAAUGGCAACCUGAGCCCCGCCAGCACUGAAACCAGUUUUUCAGAGUUGAAAACUAUGCCAAAUCUCCAGCCCAUCAGUGCUCUUCCAACCAAAACCCAAAAGGGAAUCCACAGUGGGGCCUGGAAGCUGUCUCCACCCAGGCUGAUGGCCAACUCCCCUUCACACCUUUGCGAGAUCGGGUCACUCAAGGAAAUAACGCUGUCCCCUGUGAGCGAGUCCCACAGUGAGGAGACGAUCCCAAGUGACAGUGGCAUUGGGACAGACAACAACAGCACGUCUGACCAAGCGGAAAAGAGUUCCGAAUCCCGACGGAGGUACUCUUUCGAUUUCUGCUCCCUGGACAACCCGGAGGCCAUCCCAUCUGACACCAGCACAAAGAACCGGCAUGGCCACCGGCAGAAGCAUCUCAUCGUGGACAACUUUCUGGCCCACGAAAGCCUCAAGAAGCCAAAGCACAAGAGGAAACGGAAAAGCCUGCAAAACCGUGAUGAUCUCCAGUUUCUGGCAGACCUGGAAGAGCUCAUCACCAAGUUCCAGGUGUUCAGGAUCUCCCACCGGAGUUAUACCUUUUACCACGAGAAUCCGUAUCCCAGCAUUUUUCGGAUUAAUUUUGAUCACUAUUACCCGGUGCCAUAUAUCCAGUAUGACCCGUUGCUCUAUCUUCGGAGGACUUCAGACUUGAAGUCAAAGAAGAAGCGUGGUAGGCCUGCAAAAACCAAUGACACCAUGACAAAGGUGCCUUUUUUACAAGGGUUCAGCUACCCUAUUCCCAGCGGAAGUUACUAUGCACCCUAUGGAAUGCCUUACACAUCAAUGCCUAUGAUGAACCUUGGUUAUUACAGUCAGUACCCAGCUCCUUUGUACUUGUCACACACGCUCGGGGCAGCCUCCCCGUUCAUGAGGCCAACAGUGCCACCACCUCAGUUCCACACGAGCUCCCAUGUGAAGAUGUCUGGUACAGCUAAGCAUAAAGCGAAGCACGGAGUCCACCUGCAAGGACCCGUGGGUAUGGGCCUCGGGGACAUGCAGCCGUCCCUGAAUGCUCCCAAGGUGGGCAGCGCCGGUCUGUCCAGUGGCCGGCUCCACAAAAGGAAACACAAACACAAGCAUAAGCACAAGGAGGACCGGCUCCUGGGCACCCACGACAACCUGAGUGGCCUGUUUGCGGGCAAGGCCACAGGCUUCUCCAGCCAUAUCCUGAGCGAGCGGCUAAGCAGCGCAGACAAAGAGCUCUCACUUGUGAGUGAGAAAAGCAAGCAUAAGGAGAAGCAGAAGCACCAGCACGGUGAAACCGGCCACAAAUCUUCCAAGAACAGCUUUGAGGUGGACACCCUGUCCACACUGUCCCUUUCAGAUGCCCAGCAUUGGACGCAGGCCAAGGACAAAGGUGACUUGAGCAGCGAGCCUGCAGACUCGUGCACCAAAAGGUACUCCGGCAGUGGCGGGGACGGCAGCAGCACGAGACCGGAGGCCCUGGAUGUGUUCGGUGAGAUGAACCCUCCGAAUGACAAGUGGGACAGUGAUGUGAGUGGGAGCAAAAGGAGGAGCUAUGAAGGCUUCGGGACGUACAGGGAGAAGGACAUCCAAGCCUUCAAGGUGAACCGCAAGGAGAGAAGUUCCUAUGAGUCCUCCCUAUCUCCAGGGCUACCAAAUCCCCACUUAAAAGUGGACCAAACAGCAACGCAUGGUAAGAAUGAGAGCUCAGCAACCACCAUGAUGACCAGGAAGAAGCCAGCCACAGUGGACAGUGUUGCAAUUCCACCAGCCCCAGUGUUAUCUCUCCUUGCUGCAUCUGCAGCAACGUCGGACGCAGCCAGCUCCUCCCUGAAGAAGCGAUUCAAGCGGCGGGAGAUCGAGGCCAUCCAGUGCGAGGUGCGGAAGAUGUGCAACUACACCAAGAUUCUGUCCACCAAGAAGAACCUAGACCACGUGAACAAGAUCCUGAAGGCCAAGCGGCUGCAGAGACAAUCAAAGACAGGCAACAACUUCGUCAAGAAGAGGAGAGGACGUCCCCGGAAGCAGCCCACGCAGUUCGAUGAGGACUCCAGAGACCAAAUGCCUGUGCUGGAAAAGUGCAUUGACCUCCCCAGCAAAAGGGGUCAGAAGCCAAGCCUGAGCCCGCUCGUUCUGGAGCCGGCCGCCAGCCAAGACACCAUCAUGGCAACCAUCGAGGCGGUCAUCCACAUGGCCCGGGAGGCACCACCCCUGCCUCCGCCCCCGCCUCCGCCCCUCCCACCGCCGCCCCCGCCCCCACCGCCCCCGCCCCCUCUGCCCAAGACCCCCAGAGGAGGCGGGAAGAGGAAACACAAACCUCAGCCUCCGGCCCAGUCCCCGCAGCAGCAGCCGCCGCCACCGCCGCCGCCGCCGCCGCCGCCGCCGCCGCAGCAGCCCCUUCCCCCGGAAGAGGAGGUGAAAGCCAAAAGGCAGAGGAAAUCGCGAGGCAGUGAGAGCGAUGUCCUUCCCUAGGGUGGGUCUGGGCGUCUGAACCUGGGGCUUGGGGGGCAGCGUGUUGGAGGAGCAGUGAGCCGGGGCUGGGGCGGAAUCCCCUCUGCAGGGACACCAUGCCCUUCACUCCAGAAGCUGGGCAGGCAGAAUAGGGCCGGAUGACGGGGUUGAGCCUUCAGGAGCUCUUGGGAAAGCAAAACGGGGGGAUGUCUUCAAAAGAAGUGUGUCUGUGCUUCACAGCAGUUCCCAGCCGAGCGGCACUUCAGUAUGGCUAGAUCCUUGACAGGCAGCACAAGACCUAUCAGGGAGGAGAUAGAGGGUGGUGCUCUCUGACAGACACCAGACCUCCAGCAUCCAAGGUGCGCCCUUGAUUUCGCAUUUACUGGCCAGGAAAAUUGAAAGGGAAACACCCUCAAUUAGGAAACAUUCCAAGGGGAGAAAAGCUGCAAAUUGCUCAACUGGCUUUGUUGUAAUCCACCUCCAUUUAACUGGUCUUUAAUUCUUUUGGGUUUUCGAGCUCAGCUGGGCUUUGAGGCAUCAACGUCAUCUUCACGUGACCUGAAUCUUUCCGUUAGCGAUACAGUUUCUCAGAUGGACUCAUGUCAUCAGAAGGUGGAAUUCUAGUGAUAGGCAACCUUAGCCAUGCAUCCAUAUCUUUCUGUGCAUCUCCUUUAUGACACAUACACUGAUGUUUAGUAUCAUCUGGUCCUGCUUUUUCUUUGCCCAUUGUAUUUCCAUAUUCCUUUUCAUUAACUUACUUGUUGCCUUCUUUUCCUUGGUACACACCUAAAUAAUGUAAACCUGACCCGUGUCGUAAUGUUCACCCUUAGCAUGCUGUCGCAAGGAACUUGGCUUUGAAUCCCAGUCAUAGUGAAACAAAUACUUAGUAAUGAUAGAGCCUUUUAAAAAUAAGUGAUUUAGAGCAGGCAAAGAUAUGUUGACCCAGGGUGUGUCAACCAGGUUAUUUUUUUACUUCAAACAUAUUUGCAAAGAAUAGGCAGAAUAAAAUGGUGUUAAUGCCCCAUAGCAAAUGGAAUAACUAACUAAUCACCAAAAAUUGAAACCCCAGGCCAACCAGAAAGACAAGUGUCUAGCAAUGCCUUGGUAUGUGACUUUUUUUUUUUUUUUUUGGCAUACAAAUAACUAUCAAAGGUCAAUGGACAAAAGGACAGUAAAAGUCUAUUAUCUCUUCUCAUAAAAGCAAAUGUGAGUAAGUGUUCUUAUCUGGAAAAGAAAAAGAAAAAGAAAAAGCUCAAAGGGUGUCACCACUCCAAUCCUAUCAUGCCACCUUGGACAAAGUAUCCAAGUUGUGGUUGCCUUAAUAAACUGAAACAUUUUGUACAUAAUGUAAUUAUAAACCUAUCAGUCUGCAUGGAUGCAAACUGUGUGUGACAAAUCGUCUUUUAAAUGGUCAAUUUCAACUGUACAUUUCUCAUCCAAGUUGUACUCUAGCCAUUGGUUUAGCGUGGACAGAUAUUCCGUCUCUAUUAUUCAUCUCCACAGCCCAAGUAAAACAUGUUUAAACUCAAAAUGAAUAUGAAGUUAUUCCAUUGCCAUAGAUGCUUUCUAAAAGUCAGAUGUGGAAAUUUCAAAUAAAUAUUUUCAAUUUCCUUCUUCACUCCUCCCCUUACCUUCCCUAAGACAUCAAAUACCUGGUAUGGUAGAUUAUAAAAAGAGAGACACUAAGAGACAAUUAAAUUAAAUUUUCUAAUGGGAGUUAGAAUAUCUGGUUUACCUCCAAAUUAAAUUUCUUUACAGGAAGAUGGGAACAGCUGGAAAUUAUAUUAUCUCUUCAGAACACAACAUGAUUUCCUUAGAAAGAGAAGGAUUUUUGUUGGGAACAUAGGAGAAUAAGGUUAUUGGUUAUCUAUGGGGGUAAAUUUUAAAAUCCCAAGUUAAUAUGCUUGCAAACAUCAUGGUUCUAUCAUGGCACCAACAGUUUUUUGAAAUCACCCAGAAUCAUCCUGUUCUGCACUGUCACCACGGACUUCACAUCAUGUACUGCCACGGGAGAUCAGUCACUUUUAAUCCCAGCAAUAAGUUUAAAGGAAUACAUUCUCCAGUUCUUUAAAGCUUAUAUCAUAGAUACUCAGUUUGUGACCUAGGUUGACCUUUGGCAUUUCACACAAUUUGAACUGCAAAAUCAAACUAACCUCUUUCAAUUUGUCAUUCCCAAGCCAUGUCUGAGUGGCUCCAAAGUCACUCAAGAGGAAGGUUCAAAUUAGCCCCACUCACCCCACCAUUGCUAGGAAAGAGCAACCAUUUUCAUUCCAGUUAAGCCAUAAAGAGGUUUUCCCUCUUGCUGGAUUUUGAAAAUAAUUUUCCCUUUUGCCCUUCCUUCCAGUGCGGUCCUGUUUCCCCAACCAAGUCUGUGAGCAGACUAAACCUUACCCCAGAGGGGAAUGAGCUGGCACUCUCUAAGCUUUUUAAAGAAGGACCUAAAGCUUAAUGGGCAAUAACCUCUAGUAGGUGAGAAAUUUCAAAUAACUCUAGGAUACAUUAGGAUUUCCAAACCAAUGAAAGGUGUUCCAGGAGAGACACAGCAGGGUUGCACCUUAUACAUAAAUUCAGUCUUACAGUUGUCACUUGAGUCAAAUGCUAAACUUCUACGUUUAUGACUCCAUAGAUUGGAAAGCUGCAGAGGGGCAAAACUGAAACAGACUGACCAGCUUUUUAGAGGUGGAAGCAAGUCCAGUCACCUGCACAGCUUCCCCUCUUCCCCAUCAAGCUCCUCCCUCAGUAUCACAUGACUCUUUUUGCUUUUUGCUUUUGCUUUCCAUUAACCUAACUCAUUGGUGUGACCAUUUCCUCAUUUCCUAACUACCCCCUUUGCCUCCCUUCUCCUGUCCAGACUCAGAUUGGGUCAGUCUAAUUCCACAUCUCCUGGAACCCAACACUGCCUUUUGUGGUUGCAUUUCUAUUUAGAGAAAAUGUCAUUUGGGAUGCACAAGAUUCCAUAAACAGCUCCAAAAGAACUUCCUAAUAAAAAAAUUCCUUGGUUUUCUUUUUUCUUUUUUUCUAGAAUACUUAUCUUCAGCAAGCAGGCAUGAACCCACUUAUAGGAAGUCUGAUUAGGGGGGAGCAAAGGAUGAAGAUGACAUAAAAACUACCUUGAAAAUGAUGAUGGGUCUCUGGUCCACCUUCCUGAGUUGCUGGAGAGCCACUUGCUUUUCACCCUCUCAUCUCAAAUGAGGGGAGCAGAGUUUAACUUUCUCUAACAGCAUGGCUCUGGCUUACAACCCAAGGAAGACAGGUCAGAGGAAAGGAGAGCUUGUCAGCGCUGGCUCAUGAUUUGGCUGGCCUGGGACUCCACAGCCACUGACAGCCCCCGAGUAGGUGACUAAGGGCUGACAGGAUUAGCAUGUUAACUUGGCUGCUGUCCAGAAUGAGAAGCCAUGUUCGAUGGCAGUUGGAGUUUGUGUGCUGGGCAUUGCUGGGUCUAUAAAUAUGAUAAGCAAGUGGUGACAGAAUUAUAGUAUAAGGUGAUGUACUACAUGGAGAUCAUAAAGGAUUUGGUUUUAGGACUUAAGUAGAAAAUCCCACUCCUACAGCAUAUUACCCAACAAUAUCCAGAUAAUGAGCUUUUGGAGAAUUUUUUUUUUUUUCCCUACCACUAGGAAGAUUUACCUGGGAACUGUCUAAAGUCUACACAUAUAUUUCUAAAGCCUUUAAACACCAACUGUAGCAUGGAGGGUGGGGGAGGGGGUGGCAGAAGCCGAAAUGCCUCAAAAGCCAUUUAAGUGUUACAUUGCAGGAUUUGCAGUCCUUCUCAUUAUGUAACAGUAGAUAAAUAUAGACAUUAUACUCAACACUGCCCUAUAGUAUCACAAUGGUCCAAAUGCCAGAGCUUACAGAUAAUGUCAUCACAGUGCCUAGAAACUCAAACUGUAAUAUACCGUAGCAUUUUCUUGGUGUUUUUUAAAGUUUCUUUCCACGAUACCAGGCACCCCCUGCCUCUAGUUUCUUGGAGCGUUUGUCCCACUAAUGAGUCUGCCUCCCUUGUUGGACUCGGUCACAUGGGGAACAGUCUUAGAAGCACAUAUCAACCAAGGAAGAAACUUCCUGGAUCUCUCUUGCCCACUUGCCCAGGUAUAAUAAACACUAAAGGGGGGAAAAUUGAAAAGAGCUGCCACUGGUCAACACAGAAGGGCAGUUCCAACUUAGGUUGGCAUCUUUCUUUUUCUUCCUUUUUUAAAAAAGUCUAUUUCUUAAAUAAUAAAUGCACAUGAUGUGUUAAAUAUGUAUAUAUAUAUUUCAAAAGAAAAAAUGGGGCACAAGAUUGUCUUACAAGUCGUGCUGGCUAAUUUUUAGUUUGUAUUCAUAAGUGGUUUUUAAAAGCCUUUUUUAAAGUGUAAUUUGCAUGUUCUACUUUGAUUGUAUGUAAACAUAUUUUAGAACAAAAAAUGUAUUUGUAUUUUAUUGAAUAUAGAGGCGAGAAAAAUUGUACAUUGUUUGAAAUGUUCUUUUUGUAACAGUUUUUAUUCAUAAAGCAUUUUUGUACAUUUAAAAUGAACAUGGACUUGCUGUUAUUUGAGGCGUAGAUACAUCUGGCAUGCUUUACUGUCAUGCUCCUCCAUGGUCUUAGAUGUUGGGUUUUAAACAUUUUUUCUAAAAGAAAGCUCAGUCUUUUUCGCUACCAGAUCAGGUUAGCACAGUAUAGAGCACUUAACUAUUAAAAAAAAAAAGUUAAUCCUAUUCAUAUGUUAUUCAUUGUGUGAAAUUAAAGACAUUCAAUUCAGUCUAA